AAUCAUAUACAUAACAUUUGAUUUUUAUAAUAUAUUUAGAGAGUUGAGAUUUUUUAUAAUAUUGAAAAUGUAAAUUGUGUAUUUGUGUAAUUUUUAGAUUUAUUUAUUAUAAAAAUUACUACAUGUUAUUUUUUUUGUUUGCUUUCCUUUUUUGUCUCUAUAAGAAAGAGGAAAAGCAAACUAGAAGGAAGUUAAAGUAGCUCAGAUUCCAAUUUACGAUUCUGUGUUUAUCCCCACACUUUUAUUAAAUGGCUGCCAAUUUCUGGAUUUCUUCUCAGUUUAAAGAGCUUUUGGAGGCAGAAGAGGUUGAUGUUGUGCAUCCGUUGGAUAAAGAGAGGGGCAUUACUCUCGAUGAUUUCAAGCUCAUCAAGUGGCACAUGACCAAUUAUGUUGCAAAAUUGGCUCAAAGUGUGAAAGUGAGACAAAGGGUUGUUGCUACUGCAGUUACGUACAUGAGGCGCGUAUAUGUCAGGAGAAGUUUGACCGAGUAUGACCCUCGUCUGGUUGCUCCAACUUGCUUGUAUUUGGCAUCAAAAGCAGAAGAAAGCACUGUACAGGCCCGACUUCUGGUAUUUUACAUCAAGAAAUUAUAUUCUGAUGAAACGUAUAAGUAUGAAAUAAAAGACAUACUAGACAUGGAGAUGAAGGUUUUAGAAGCCCUAAACUAUAACUUAGUCAUAUAUCAUCCAUAUCGUUCAUUAUCUCAGUUCCUUCGGGACGCCGGCAUGACUGAUACAACUCAAUUGACUUGGGGACUUAUAAAUGACACCUAUAAGAUGGACCUGAUUCUCAUACACCCACCACAUUUGAUUACUUUAGCCUGCAUGUAUAUUGCAAGUGUGCUGAAAGAUAAAGAAACUACUGCCUGGUUUGAGGAGCUUCGAGUUGAUAUGAAUGUGAUGUAUUAAGAAGGGGAGCUUUGGAGUAAUUGGUAAAGUUGUUUCCAUGUGACUAGGAGGUCACGGGCUCAACCUGUGGAAGCAGCCUCUUGCAUAAUCCGAGGUCAACCCGUGGAGGACCUCAGAUUGCUGCAAGAGAACAUGCCGUGUUUGUCCGAGUUUUCUGGUUCGUAGUGUAUUCUUUCAAACAUCAUCUUUUAACCAAGUUCUCAAUGUUGACAGGUGAAAAAUAUAGCAAUGGAGAUACUAGAUUAUUAUGAGAAUCAUAGAUCGAUCACAGAUGAGAGGGUGCUUGCUGUCAUGAGCAAGCUAGCUGGAAGGUGUUGAUACCAGCGCACCCAGCCUCCGCGAAUCAUAGAUUGAUCACAGAUGAGAGGGUGUAUGCUGUCAUGAGCAAGCUAGCUGGAAGAUGUUGAUACCAGCGCACCUAGCCUCCGCUUUUGUGCGGGCACUAUACGUAUUGAGAAAUUCUCUCAAGUAUUUGUAAAUAUUCGACUGUGAACCAGUUAUUAUGUAUAUUAACUUGAAGUCGUCGUAGGAACAUAAACAUCAAAUCCCUGAUACUUGAGCAUUGUGACAUUUUCUGUUCCUUUACAUUUGCUUGUCAUCAAAGGAUAAACGACAUCUCCAGUGUAAUGUUUCCAAAUCCGUCCCGAUACCUCUCAA